AUGCUCCGCCAAGCCAUCCAGGGAGCUCGGUGGGGAUAUCAGCAUGUCGCCCGCAGAGGCCCGUCGACUUCGCCGCUCGCCUCGCUGCGUGCUUUCUCCGGCAUAGCCCCCCGCUCCACCAACUACGAUGAUCCGCAGAGCAAGAUACGCUUCUACGAACAAGAUACGCAGGAUAGUAAGACGAGGAGGAGGGUUGACCCCGAAGCGGUGCAUCACGCCGAGCGGGAAGAGCUGGCAGGGGAAAUUUCCAAAAUCGACAGCGAGCUCGAACUGCUGAAGGAAGGGCCGUUUGGACCCAAUAGCGAGUUCAUCAAAAAACUCCCCGAGAAGGAAAAGGCUAUUGCCUUGGAGGCUAUCCGGAAAUAUAAGGAGGAGAAGGGGAUCAAUAAUCUCGGGGCCGAUCUGGACGACGUUUUUGAUGAUGAGCUGGACGAGAUGAUAAGAAAGCAGUUUGAGGGGAUGGCGACAGCGCAGGAAAAUUGGGAACCAAGGAAAAAGGACAAGGACUCCCGCAAAACGGUUGCACCGAAGCCUUACGAGGUGAUGGUGCCAGAGGACUCGGAGUCCCAGGCGUACGUCGCGAAAUUCAACGAAUGCCUCACAAAGUUCGCGCAGGAUAGCUCCAAUGAGCGCUGGAAACCCGAAUUGUGGAGAUGGUACCGCCGGUGCAGACAGAUGGUUCCCGGGUUCUUGGAAUCCAUACCGGAUGAGGCGAUGGAGCUACUGUGGAAAUCCCAGGCAGAGAGUUCGACAAGGGCCGCGCGCACCACCCACCUCCAGACUCUCGCGGAGGACGCAUUUUCCGUUAGCAGAUCCCUUCCGACUCCACAUAUCCUCUCGUACAUUGAGUCCCUGCGGGAAACAGGGAAGAUCAAGGAAGCCUUGGAUCAAUGGGAGGCUCAUCAAAUCGGUCUGUCUGAGGGCAAGGAAGACCUGGAGGCCUAUUGGACGCUCGGCGUGCGGCUUUUCGCGGCGGAAGACAACCCGCAGCGCGCGCAGGAUAUCGCACUGGCCUUCCUCGCCAACGACAAGUCCCGCCAGCCGCGUGUACUCAUACCCGUGAUGACAGCGUGGGCGCGCCAGACCGGCAAGGAAGCCGAGGUCAAGGCCUGGGCCUUGUACCUGCAGCUCAAGGCGUUCCUUGCACAGAACAUGACCAUGGAAGACUACGAUCGCAUUAGCAUUGGCUUUCUCAAAGCCGGCAAACUCAACCUCGCUAUCGCGGUGUUCAAAGACAUGAUGGUGACAGGCCAAGACCCCACGCACGACUCGACCUUCCUCUACAAAGCCGCCGUCGGCCUCGCCGGCAACCUCCAGGCGUCCAGCGUCUCCGAACAAGACGUGAACAAGAUCUCUUUGGCAACGCUGACGGUCCUCCCGCGACGGUUCGAAAACCGCUUCUUCUACGCCAGCUGGAUGAAGAAGCUGAUCGGCAUGGGCGAGGUCGACUCCGCCGCCAUGGUCGUCGAGCUCAUGUACGAACGCGGCGUCAAGCCGGACGCCAAACACCUCAACGGGCUCAUUGCAGGCUGGCUCCGGCAAGGAAACGCGGGCGCGCGUGAAAAAGCCGAGCGACUCGGCUGGGCCAUGAUCCAGCGACGCAUCGACAACGUCUGGGCGCGCCACAACACCGGCUCUUCCCCCCGACUGCAACCGCCCGACACCGACGCCGACCCCGACACAGCGGUCCGCAUCCCGGAAUGGAUGAACCGCGAGACCCCCCCCGCCAAUAUCGAGACCUUCUCCGUCCUCCUCCUCCACUACACGCGCCGCGUCGACGAAAGCAUGAUCGACUACCUUAUCAAAUGCCUCGAAGACGCCCACAUCCGCCCCAACUCCUACUUCAUGAACCACCUCCUCUACGCCGAGCUCCGCAAACAAGCCAUCGGCACCCUCUGGCACAAAUACCAAACCCUAAGCAGCACGACCGCCCCGGACCUCGAAACCUUCGCCUGCCUCUGGGACAGCGGCAAGCUGCAAUACGACCUCGGCCGCACAACCGCCCACGCCGCGCCCUCCUUCCCAUCCGCGCGCGGCCUCUUCGCUGAAAUGAUCGCCUGGUACGGCCGUCUCCCGCGCCGCGCGCAGGAUACCACCGCAGCUGAAUUCUCUAAAGACCUCUACGACCAGAUCAUCCGCUGCUUCUGUCUGUCGAAGGAUGUAGCGGGUACGCUCGUCGCGCUGUACGCCCUGCGCGCUGCGUUCGGCUUCGCUCCCGACGAUACCACCGCGCGGCUUAUCACGCUGCAGGUUGCGCGUCACGCGGCCGUCCCGGCUCAAACGCCAUCGCGCCGUCUCCGCCGUCUGUCCAGCACGCCCCGCAGCAAGGAGAACAUCGCGCACGUCAACCGGCUGGUGCAGAUCCUCGGCCAGCGCAAGGUCGCUGCGCUGGAGGCGCGGGGCUUGAAGUACGACUCGCUUGAUCCCGCCGAGAAAGAGCAGUAUCAGCUGGAGAUAAUGGGCGAUUUGCUGCGUAUCGUGAUGGGUCGGACGGUUGAGGGGGCUGAUGCGGUGGAGGGGCAGAUUGAGGCUGCUGCGGGGGAGAUGGGUGUUGAGGGGGUGGAUUUGGGGGAACGAAACCCCAAUCUAUCCACCCCUCUAUUUCUUCCCCCCUUCUUCUUCUUCUUCCCCCCACCCCCAGGACUAUUAUUCCCCGAAGCAUCCGCCUCAACAAGGACCGCAUCAUCAUCGCUUCCGUUCACAGAUGGCACACCGCCAGCCGCAGCCGUAGCAGCCCCAGCAGCAGACGAAACCGACCCCGACGCCUUCCUCUGCUCCGCAGCCGCUGCAGCACCAGUAGAAGUACUCUUCUCAGCAUCCAACUCCUUCAUAAAUUCCUCGGAAACAUCAGCCUUCUUCUUCUCCCACCACGACUUCUCCUCCUCCAGCUUCGACUGGUGGAUGUCCAUGCGUUCGCGGUAG